CUAUGUCUGAAACAAGAAGCAAAACAACCAUAAUUUGUUUCCUCCUUAUCCUCACCACCUCAUCCGCCACCGCUACCGCCUAUCCCACAAUCCACGGCACGGCAGACACCACCGCAACGGCUUCCGAGCACGACAAUCUAAUCCCUACACGCAGAGAAGUGUACGGAGAUGGCAGAAUUUUCGAUAUUAGUCAUAGAAUAACAACAAAGAUGCCAUCUUUGGGCUCUGAUGAUGGUUUAGGACACUUCCUUUGGCUUCCGGCAAGCAUGAAAAACGGGUCACUUGCUAAUAACUCUGAGAUGAAGUUGCCUUGUCAUCUUGGGACUCAUGUUGAUGCUCCUGGACAUGUUUUUGAUCACUAUUUUGAUGCUGGGUUUGAUGUUGAUAGUCUUGAUCUUGAAGUUCUUAAUGGACCUGCUCUGUUGGUUGAUGUUCCAAGAGACUCCAACAUAACUGCUGAAGUUAUGAAGUCGUUGCAUAUUUCCAAAGGCGUACGACGUGUGCUUUUCAGAACACUAAAUACUGACCGGCAGCUUAUGUUCAAACCUCAACUUGUCACAAACUUUGUGGGAUUCACAAAGGAUGGAGCACAGUGGUUGGUAGAAAACACAGACAUCAAGUUGGUCGGAAUUGAUUACUUAUCUAUUGCUGCCUACAGCGAUUUGAUUCCAUCUCAUCUUGUCUUUCUAGAGGGCAGGGAAAUCAUUAUAGUGGAAGGCCUAAAGCUUGAUAAUGUUCAACCCGGAAUAUAUUCCGUCCAUUGCUUACCUCUCAGGUUGGUCGGUGCGGAGGGGUCUCCCAUAAGAUGCAUUCUCAUCAAAUGAUCAUUUUAUAUUGUAAGUUUUCAGUAUCUUUGUGCAUCCUAGUUACUCCAGUAACAUUUAUUUCAAUAAACUUUGUCACAAUAAAAUUUUGUAUCCAAAAGCAUUUCAAUUUGUAAAAAUGGAUAUUCAGGUGCACUGUAUAUAUGUUCAUGUGAACUUAUCCAAUAACAUAUCCUCUGCAAUGUUCUCUUUUUCUAAAUUGAGAAAGUUAUUAAUUGUA